AUGGCCAAAAACCAAAUCGGUCCGACCUACGUCCUGGGCGUGGGCAUGACGAAGUUCAUCAAACCGCGCGGGAAAGUCGACUAUCAUGAGCUGGGCUUCGAGGCCGGUGUCAAGGCUAUGCUGGAUGCCCAGAUCACUUACGAUGAUGUCGACCAGGGUGUGGCCUGCUAUUGCUACGGAGAUUCCACGUGUGGCCAGCGUGUCUUCUACCAGUUCGGCCUCACCAGCAUUCCCAUCUACAACGUCAACAACAACUGCUCCACCGGCUCGACGGGCCUUGCCAUGGCCCGGACGAUGGUUGGGCAUGGCGCUGCGGACUGCGUGCUCGUCGUGGGCUUUGAGAAGAUGAACCCAGGCAGUCUCCAGGCGAACUUCAAUGAUCGCGCCAACCCCACUGGUCUCUUUGGUGAGAUGAUGGCGGAGACCCGUGGUGUCACAAAUGCCCCUGGUGCGGCGCAGAUGUUCGGAAAUGCUGGUCUAGAGUAUAUGGAGAAAUACGGCGCUAAAGCUGAAGACUUCGCGGAAAUAGGCCGCAUUAACCACGAGCACUCCAAACGAAACCCUUACUCCCAAUUCCAACAGGAAUACACCCUCGAGCAAAUCUCCAACUCUCCCAUGAUCUUCUACCCGCUCACAAGACUCCAAUGCUGUCCAACCUCCGAUGGUGGUGCAGCCGCGGUCAUCGUCUCCCAAGCCUUCCUCGACGCCCGCCCACACCUCAAGGAUCAGGCCAUCCUCAUCGCCGGCCAGACCCUUGCGACCGACACCCCAUCCGUCUACGACACCAGCUCUAUCAGCCUCAUGGGCUUCGACAUGGCGCGGAAGGCAGCCCGCUCUGCCCUCGCCGAGGCCGGCGUGGAUGUCAGGUCCAUCAAGGUCUGCGAGCUGCAUGACUGCUUCUCAGCCAACGAAAUGACAACCAUCGACGCCCUGGAACUAUCGGAGCCCGGUAAGGCUCAUGAGAUGGUUCGCCGGGGCGAUAUCACCUACGGCGGCAAGAUGGUGAUUAACCCGUCUGGCGGGUUGAUUUCCAAGGGCCACCCGCUAGGUGCGACGGGCGUGGCGCAGUGUGCGGAGCUCGUGUGGCAUCUGCGUGGCUGGGCGAAUAACCGCAUGGUGAAAGGAACGGAUGCGGCGCUACAGCAUAACCUAGGACUCGGGGGUGCAGUUGUGGUUACUGUCUACAAGCGUGCAGACGGCAAGGAGGCGGUCCCCGUUCCCGAUGAGGUUGUUGGGAGGAUUAAUGGGCUGGGGUACAACCCGGCAGUUGUAGCAAAGGGUUUCACUGCCGAACAGGCGAAGAGUGUUCUGAGCAAGGAGAAUUCCAGCAAGUGGGCCAUGUCGGAUACGCAGGAGAAGGUUAUUGCGCGGUUCUAG